GGCUGCGCUCAGGGGUAAGCCGGGGCUCAUCCACGAUGUGCGCGUCCCCGCAUCGGCCCGAAAGUGAAAGUAAAAGCGCGCUGCUUAAGACUCCGCCCAACCGGCCGAGCACUCCGCAGAACGCCGUUACUCCUCGGGCUCGCCGACGCGAUGGCUCCGCUGUUUCUGCUGAUGCUCUUGUGGGCCGCAGUGUUUCCAGUCGCGGAGGCCGCACUCAAUGUCUUCUCCCCCCAGUCAAAUGUGAUCGCCCAUCGGAAUAUGGAUGUCGUGCUUCAGUGCAGUUUCACUGUCGACCCUGGCCCCAUUGACCCCAGUCUGCUGACUGUUGUCUGGAACCAGUACGGCUUCAGUGUGGCCAAGUUUGAGAAUAAGGACACCAUGUCAAGACAAGAGGCCAGUUUGUUUGACGAUUACAUCACUCAAGGAAACGCCUCCUUGCUCCUGAAAUCCAUCGUGAAAAGAGACGAGGGGCAGUAUGAAUGUGAGGUCACCUAUGGCACGGAGAAAAAAUCAGCCAGCCUGGCGCUGACCAUCCAAGUUCCUCCUGAAGUCUUGCUGACUCCAAAGUCAGUCCAGCUGCUCACUGAAGACACCCUCAUCUGUGCUGCUGACAGUUUCUAUCCUAAAGACAUUCAGUUUUCUUGGACCAUUGCUGGCGCACCUGUGGCCCCACUUAACACCACACAGCCAUUCCUGAAUCCCGAUGGCACCUACAGCUCCCAGAGUGUUUACCGCUUCACACCCAACAGCCGCAGUGAGCUCACCUGUGAGGUGCGGCAUGAGGCACUGAGGAGUCCACAGAAAUUAUCUGUCACAUACACGGGACUGACCAGCGGCGAGAUCACAGCCAUUGUGUUAGCAGUCGUCACCUUCGUCCUGCUGCUGGUUGUGCUCUGCUGGUUUCUCUCUGUGUCCCUCUCACCUCUCGUUCCUCUCAAACUGGUCCACAGUGAACUCGGGUCAUUGGAGAGCACACUCAAAGGCUGGAGGCUAAAUCGGGUAAAUCUGGAAUGGUUUAUAAAUAACAAAGAAAUCCAGCUGGACACGGUGGGCAGCAAGCAGGGAGACCCUGAGGAUGGUGUCUCAGUACCACUGAAGGACUCAUCUAAUUACACUCUGAAGAGAGACUCGAGGACUGAAGGCUUCUUUAUCAAAGAGACGCCCAUCACUCUGCAGUUUACAGCUCAAAGACAAGACCACCAGGGGGCAGUGCUUCGAUGUCGGGCCACUCACCGGCUCACCAGGAGGAGUGUGGAGCGCACAUUGAAACUGGAACAGGUGUACAUGCGCCCUCGGCUCUCAGAAAUCGAGAAUAUCUCUACGGACAAAGACACCGAAGUGAAACUCAUGAUCAAAGCAGAGCAGUUCCAUCCACAAGACAUCAGCUUCAUGUGGUCAACUGUAGGAGGUGGGGUGACCUCAGACUUACCAGAAAUUACAGAAAACAGCAAUGGUACUUUUAGUGCACGGAGUGUUUGCACAGUCCCCCUGUCUCAGGUCCAGAGCCCUGGAUUCAAGGUGUCCGUGGUAACUGACCACAUAUCCCAAGGAAAGAUAGAGAAGACAGUAUCAAGGGACACGGCAGGUAUUGACGGGCGCCCCCAGCUGUCUGACAUCGAAAUGGUCCGAUUUUCAAAGGUUGGUGAGCCCUGCACACUGAGCUGCACCAUCUCCAAGUUCUUCCCCAGUGGUCUCACAGUCACCUGGCUGAGGACCACAACAAAGAGUGGACAUCAGUCUAUUACUGAAGAGUCAGCUCAGUGGGCAAAAAAAGUGACCACAUCCACUCCAGAGAAGAAGAAUAACACCUGUGAGGUGACCUCUGAGGUCCAGUUCACCCCUAAUAGUCUCUCUGAAGUGGAGGAGAUGACCUACAUCUGCCAGGUGGGACACAAGACCCUCAUGGGGAAACCCAUGGAAAAACGGUCUGGGAGACUGGAGUUAACUGCUGACACAUGCCGUCCUGUAGUCUCAGAUGUUCAGGUUCACUUCAUUGAGUUUGGCCAGAUCUGCACUCUGACCUGCGCUGUGUCAGACUUCUACCCAAAAGAGAUCAACGUGACCUGGGAAACGAGGCAGAAGGGAGUGGAGCCGACAACUUCAGCCCUUUCAGGCCAGUGGAAGCCGCAUGUGUGCCAGUAUGGACCAUCAAUGAAGGACAACAAGUACUCACUGGUGUCUCAGGCACAGUUCACCCCUCAGACCCUGAGUGACCUGGAGGACAUGGAGUUCAUCUGCAGAGUGCAACAUGUUAGCCUGAAGGAAAGGGACAUUAAGAAAAGCUGCUCACAGCUCCAGAUACCAGGUCUGCAGCGGCGCCCUCUAGUGUCAGAUAUACGGCUAGUCAAGUGUGAUGGAGUCGGCCAGUUCUGCACCCUGAGCUGCCCCAUCAAGGACUUCUACCCCAAAGACAUCAUAGUGACCUGGCAGCGGAGGGACAUGAAGACGGGUGGUGUGGUCUCUGCAAGGAGCGCUGAGUGGAAGGCUGACAUGAGUAAAGAAAGUCCAGUGAUGGAGAAGAGGGCCUACAGACUGGACAGUCAGGUCACCUUCAUGCCAUCAACUCUGAGUGACCUGGAGGACAUGGAGUACAUCUGUAAAGUGACACAUGGCAGUAUGCCGGAGCUCAUUGAGAAACGCAUUGGGAAAAUUCGACUGCCUGGUUUCUCCAGUACUCCUCAGCUCUCUAACAUACAGGCCCAGUUCUCCCAGUUUGGUCAGCCCUGCACCUUCAGCUGCACCGUGUCCAACUUCUACCCCAGAGAGAUUCAGGUCACCUGGGUAAAGGUCAUUAAAGGACAGAAGGAAGUGGUCAUCCAGGAAGUGACCAAUCAUGGCCUCACAAUACACGAAAAGGCCUUUGAACUUCUCACUCAGGCGCAGUUCAUCCCUCACAGCCUGAAGGACCUGGAGAGAGCGGAGUUCAUCUGCAGAGUGAAACACGACAGCCUGACUCUGGAGGAGAGAUGUGGGGAGCAGGAGAUACCCGGUCUGCUACGGCACCCCAUAGUGUCAGAUAUACAGCUAGUCAAGUGUGAUGGAGUCGGCCAGCCGUGUGUCUUGCGCUGCUCCAUCAAGGACUUCUACCCCAAAAUGGUCAAGGCGACCUGGCUGCGGGCUGGAAAAGGUGGAAGAGCAGACAGCAAACCCCAAGAGUCUCUUCCAGUAACCACAAAGUCCAGUAUUCAGGAUAAACCACAGACCAGAACUACCACAGCAGUAAAUCAUCAUGGGUAUGGUAAACCAAAAAAGAGGACGGAGAUCCUCGUUCAGAGUGAAGUGACCCCAAAAGUCAUGAGUGACCAGGAGAAGGCAGAGUUCAAAGCCAAAGUCAGGACUGGUGACCCAAAGUGGGGAGACAAGGGAUACCUGCUGGACACAGAGGCAGAGUUCACCCCGCAGAGUCUGAGUGAGCUGGAGGACAUGGAGUACAUCUGCCGGGUGGAACAUGAGAGCCUGCCGGAGCCCAUGGAGAAGCACAUUAGGGGGCUUCAGAUCUCAGGUGUCUCCAGCGCCCCUCAGCUCUCCGACAUACAUGUCCAGUUCUCAGAGUUUGGUCAGCCUUGUUUUCUGAGCUGCAUCAUGUCGGACUUCUACCCCAAACCGCUGCAGGUCACCUGGCUGAGGGUCACUGAGGGACACUUGGAGGAGACCAUACCACAGGUGACCAAUCAUGGGCCCUCAAUUCGAGACAAGGCCUUUGAGCUCUUCAGUCAGGCACAGUUCACCCCUCGCAGCCUGAAGGAUCUGGAGGGUGCAGAGUUCAUCUGCAGAGUGGAACAUGAAGGAGGGACAACAGAAAAGAAAUCUAAGAAACAGCAGAUACCUGGACUGCAGUGUCGCCCCCUAGUGUCAGAUAUACGGCUAUUCAAAUGUGAUGGAGUCGGCCAGUCCUGCACCCUGAGCUGCUCCAUCAAGGACUUCUAUCCCAAAGACAUCACAGUGACCUGGUUGAGGAGGGACAUGAAGACGGGUGGUGUGGUCCAAGCAAGGAGUGCUGAGUGGAAAGCUGACAUUAGUGAAGGUGAAACAGAACUGGAGGACAAUGCCUACAGACUGGACAGUAAGGUCACCUUCACCCUGAUGACUCUGAGUGACCUGGAGGACAUGGAGUACGUCUGUAAGGUAGAACAUGAGAGUCUACCCAAACCUGUGGAGAAGUGCAUUGGGAAGAUUCAGCUGCCUGGUAUCUCCAGAACCCCUCAGCUCUCUGACAUCCAGGCCCAGUUCACCCAGUUUGGUCAGCCUUGCACUCUGAGCUGCACUUUGUCCAACUUCUAUCCCAAAGAUUUGGAGGUCAGCUGGCUGAAAGUCAGUAAAGGACAGGAGGAGUCCAUAAAGAAAGUGACCAAUCAUGGACCCUCAAUGCGAGAUGAGGCCUUUGAGCUUCUCAGUCAGGCCCAGUUCACCCCCCAGAACCUGAAGGACCUGGAAGAUGUGGAGUUCAUCUGCAGGGUCAAACACGAGGGGAAGACAACAAAGAAGAAAUGUGGAGAGAAAGAGAUCACCGGACUGCAGUGUCGCCCCCUAGUGUCAGAUAUACAGCUAGUCAAGUGUGAUGGAGUCGGCCAGUCCUGCACCCUGAGCUGCUCCAUCAAGAACUUCUACCCCAAAGACAUCACAGUGACCUGGUUGAGGAGAGACAUGAAGAUGGGUGGUGUGGUCCCAGCAGGGACCACUAAGUGGAAGGCUGACAUUAAUAAAGGCAAACCAGAACUGGAGGACAAUGCCUACAGACUGGACAGUAAGGUCACCUUCACCCCGCUGACUCAGAGUGACCUGGAGGACAUGGAGUACAUCUGUAAGGUGAAACAUGACAGCCUGAAAGGGCCACAGGAGAGGCGCUAUAAAAUGCUGCCAGUUCCAGGCAUCAAACUGGUAAAAGCCAAAGAAACGUCAAGUCCACCAAACACGACGGGUGAUCAGGACCAAGUGGACAGUAAUGGUGAGGUCACUUCACCCAGGGACGCAGGAGAUACCCAACUAUAUUGAAGACCAGUGAUAUCGUCCAGUGAUGUAACCUGCCAUGGGAACUGACGGCCGCUGCUCUGUCCAGUUGUUGUCCCCUCCACAUCCCACCUGCUGCCUGCUAUCUUAUGGUAAUUAGUAUUUGAUGCAUUGCUGUGGUCAAUGAACGCAGUCACCAUAUUCACGCAUGGGCUCGUUGAGGGGAUGCUGUGCAGAAUUCUAACAGGCAUGGUGGAUGCUUCUAGAAAGAUGGAUUAUCAUGUUACUGGCUUAAUGGGCUUUCAAUUUGUGAGAGAAGAGAAGAGAAAAUGAACGGUCUUAACCAAGGGGCAAAACAACGUCUCCAUGUGAUUUGUCAGUUCUGGGGGAAAACUACGAAAAUGAUAGAAUAAGGAAGCCUGCCAUUGGACAAAGUCAGGAGAAGACUGACUAAUCAGGACCCUCUUCAUGACUGCUUCUCCAUGGGCUUGUUUGGUCUGCUCUGAUUUAGGAGUGGGAGCCAUCAGUGUUAAGUGAAGUGAGCCUUGUCAUAGCGAUUGAGUUUAAGUGUUGAGGGACUUCUUUCUUUCACUUUGACCUCUUGGUUUAAAGGGCUGAAGUCCCAGUGGGUCAGCACCCCCUGCUGGAUACAAACUAUAACCAUCAUGUGACUGCAACUGCCCCUCCGCCAUCUCUUCAUCUGUCUAGUCAUCUACAGUUUCUGUGCUCCUCACACUCGUGACGAUUGUCACACAGACUUUAAUUGCUUGUCAUUGUGAGAAGUUGGGAGCCUCUGGAGGGCGCUGUGUUGCUUUAAAUGAACUGCUAUGGUGACAUCUUAACGUUGUGUGUCUCGUCGUCAUUGGAUAACAGUGUCCGCUUAUGUGAAAUCUGGCACUGUCACCAACUUUAAAAUUGACCACAGAAUCAUCAGGGAGAGGAACGGCCCAAAUGACAGACACGCCAGACAACUGAGGCCUUCAGUUUGAGACCAGCUGGUAAACUCAGCUAGUCAUCUCUACUGCUGCUGCCUCUGACCCGAUGGACAGAAUGACCUCUGGUUACUCAUUUCUGACCUUUGUUACUGCUUUCCUUUCAGGUGGCCUCUAAAGAGCAGAUGGUGUCAACAGAGGGGCACCAUGUGGGCCUCAGGGGGUCAUCUGUAGGACUUUAGGGGUGCUGGUGAUGUCUCUGGCGUAGAGCUUCUCUAGUUCAGACCCCCUGUGGCUGCAGAUUUUUUGUUCUCCCAGUUUUUCGAUCAGUCGGUCAUUUUCCCACUCAUUGAUCUCCUUCUUUAAUGAGCUUGGUUUGUUUUUUUUCUCAGAUUCUGCGUUUUGCUUUUAAGUUGUUAACUCACUUUUGCUCUUUUUGUAUGAAUUCGCCUUUUUCUGUAGAGCUCGUUCACUGCAUUGUAUUCUCCUCGUGAUAAUCAAAACUUGGGGACAAAGGACACCAAAUGAUGACAGGCUGUAGCUCCUCCAGUGUGGUCAACAAAGGAUUAAAAAAACAGAAAUGAAAGUCAUAAUAAUGAUGAUGAUGAUGAUGAUGAAUAAAUGUUACAAAAACAA